AUGGAUCUGUCAACCACUCCCCAACGAUCGCCGUAUCGACAUGGCGGGCUCUCCUCCUUCAUUCCGCUCAACGAAGAGAUCUCAGCCGUGUCGACUAGAGGCCAACGGCUCCCAGGUCUGAUCCAAAGUCGAUCGAGCACGUCGCUAUUUACCCUGCCGAAGCGGCCGCAGACACGACGAGACUCUUUUAACAGCCAUCAUUCGGCUGAAGACGAGGAGCAGGGUCCUCGAGAUGAGAUGGAGCCUUUACACAGACGCCGCACCGUAACCAUGGAGGUCGAUGCGAGACGAAUGAGUCUGGGUCCAGAGAUUCUCAUGACCCCUCAAAUGCGCAGCAUGCGCCUGAUCGGAAACAGCAACCCUCGGUAUCGCUGGCACCAGUACUACAAGACGGAGGAAGAGCUGAACAAGAUGAAGAAGCCUAUACGAAAAUACUAUGAGCGUAAUAACUUCCUGAUUGCCCAGUACAUGUACAUUGACAGGCUUCUGGACUCGUCACUCCCUCACAAUCUUAUUCAAGAGUACAACCAAUUCUCAAAUGGGUCCACCCUCAAUACCAAUAUGAAGACCAUCAACGAAGAGCCUUCCGGAGCAGCCGCCAACGCGACUACACCGACGGGUACUCAAUCCAGCAACGCUACAACGGCAGCAGAGUUGAAGUUGAAGCGCACACCAAAAAAUCUAUACAAGCUCCCCAGUGAGACCACGCCUCUGUUGCCCGAUAGCGACGAACCUCCCAAUGUGUCCCAUCCGGACAUCAAUCUGGAGGAUAUGGACGAUAAUGUCGACUCGGAUGAUCCGAUCGUAACGGUGGCCAUCUACCUCAACCUUGUGGCCAACAUUAUUCUGCUUGCCGGAAAACUUGUCGUUAUAGUGCUGACGUCCUCACUUUCCGUCCUCGCGUCUCUCGUUGAUGCGGCGCUGGAUUUCCUGUCGACCGCCAUAGUCUGGACUACCACGAAGCUCAUUUCCCAGCAAGACCAGUACGCGUACCCUAUCGGGAGACGGCGUCUCGAGCCUGUCGGAGUUCUGGCCUUCAGCAUUGUCAUGAUCACCUCGUUCUUCCAAGUCAGUCUGCAGUGCCUGAACCGCCUGCUUUCACCGGACCACACUGUUGUGCAGCUGGGAAUUCCUGCGAUUGUCAUCAUGCUGAGCACCAUAGGCAUCAAAGGCUUUUGUUGGUUUUGGUGUCGGCUGGUGAAGAAUAGCUCCGUGCAAGCGCUGGCUCAGGAUGCCGCAACCGACGUCGUUUUCAACCUGUUCUCGAUUGUGUUCCCCUUGGUUGGCUACUAUGCCCAAAUCUGGUGGCUGGACGCUCUGGGCGGUCUGCUAUUGUCACUGUACGUCAUUUUCAAUUGGUCCAAGACUAGCAGUGAGCAUGUUCGAAACUUAUGCGGAGCUGCGGCCACCGCUGAUCAGCGCAAUGUACUUCUCUACCUCACUAUGCGCUUUGCAAAGACAAUUCGGUAUAUCCAGGGGCUCCAGGCCUACCACGCCGGCGACAAGUUGAAUGUCGAAGUCGACAUCGUCCUCGACGAGAACAUGAGUCUACGGGACAGCCACGACCUUGGGGAGAGCUUGCAGUACGUGCUGGAAAGUGUGCCGUUUGUGGACAGGGCGUUUGUGCAUGCGGAUUACGCUGAUUGGAAUCUGCCGAGUCAUAUGAAUCAACAAGGGUGA